UCUAUCACAAGUUUAGUUACCCUUUACAGUCCAUGUUCCUGUUAAUGAUACAUAUAAUCUCAAAUAACUACCAAAGUAUCGAUGCUUUGAUUUGAGAUUCGAUAUUACAGCCUAAAUAUCUGUUAUCGGUAUUUCAGUAUCGAUCCGCACAUCAGACGCCCUGAUAAAUGACGGCAAUUGCAACACACUACUGGGUGUGUCGCACUAGACCAGCAGUAAUAAAUGUCCUGAAGUUGAACAACCACACAGCACACAGUUCUGGCUGAACAAUGACUGCUCCUGAGUGGAAGAAAAGGUGCGAUGAAGAGUGGGGUUUGCGUGGAAUGGCGAUGCCGGACAGCGUAGACUGGAAGUCUGCAUAUGAAGCUAAACCAUUUGGAAGAAAUUUGCUGAAGAAUCCUUCACCUCACGGCUUGAGUAAAGAUAUCCCUCCCCCUGAACCUGAGAUGCCGGAUGCUCCCAUGCAUGGUCCUCCACGCUUUGAACCGGAAGGUGACUUCAGUGGCUGGAGCACAAACACAGAGGUUCUCCCCUGCGAUACCAGCGGCAUCCCAGCAGGGGUUGUGAUCUGUGCCUUGCCUCAGCACAGCUGGUUUACCUUGGAGCAGACUGUGGACCUGAAGGCGGAGGGGCUGUGGGAAAAGCUGCUGGAUGAUUUUCAACCAGAAAUCACGAUUCAAGACUGGUACGAGGAAAGUCAGCUGCAUGAGUCAAUCUACCAACUACAGGUCAAGUUAUUAGGUGCAGACAAAAGCAGCGUGAUCGCGGAGCACUCCGUCAAGCCCAGUGAGGACCUCAGCACCUAUUCGCACACAUGGAAGGAGGUGUCGCAUGUGUUCUCUGGCUAUGGACCAGGUGUACGGUACAUUCACUUCCUGCACAGACUGAAGAACCAAUUCAUGAUGUCCUUCUACAGCACAAGCUUCACUGGUAGCUUAGUGAUUAUCAAACCAGUCAAAACCAGUUCUUAGACUCAGUUCUACUGUCGUGAAACAUCUUAACACAAGUUGGCUUUUUAGUAAAUAAUAAGGUGAAUAAAUCCUGAGACUGUUUUAAUUCUACUUUUUAAUGCUGAUGGAAGGGUGGGUAAAUAUUGGUUAAAUUACCAUAGACAUUAAAGAGGGCUGAGCAGUUAAUGGUAUUUUUUUAUUUAAUUGCAAUGUAUUAAAACUAACUGAAUAAAUCUUUACUAACCGCAAAGAUGGCGGUUUGACUGAUCACGUUUUGCAUGAAUAAGCGCAUGUAAAAUGUCAAUAAAUGGCAGGACACUUCAUAUGAGAUUUUACCGCAAACGUAUUCCUAGCCCCUUUUUGCUGUGUCAUUGAUCAGCAAAUAAUGGCGAAUUUACCAUGAAAAUUCUCAUUGUGGCACACACUGUUAUUGCUGGGCUGUCACGAACAUUUUUAAUAGAAAACAUGCAUCGAAUUAAAUUCAAGUUAGAUUUAAAAAGUAUAUAAAUGGUUUCACAAUAAUAUAAAAGUGUACAAAAAUGUUUGUAAUGGGGGGCCUUCAAAAUAAACUUCUGCUUAAUUGAGCGAGGGACGGCCCUGCUCACUGUCACACAUUACAUACCAGCAUUCCAAAGCAAAACAACACACUACUGACCUUCACAAUAAAAGCACUGUGAUGACAAGACUGCAAGUCAAAGUAUUUAGUCAAGUUUAUAAUUGUAUUUUUUAUAAGAAAGAACAGUUUCCAUCCAUCUAUUUUCUACCACUUAUUCCCUUCGGGGUCGCGGGCGGCGCUGGAGCCUAUCUCAGCUACAAUCGGGCGGAAGGAGGGGUACACCCUGGACAAGUCGCCAUCUUAUCGCAGGGCCAACACAGAUAGACAGACAACAUUCACACUCAUGUAUUAUAAAUCUGAUCGUGUUUAUUAUGACACAGAUUGAUAUUUUUCUUGUGUGUGUUGAAAAAUACAUGAGAAAAGGAUCUCAAAUAAUAAAAGCAUAUUAAAUCGUAAUCGCAAUAGUAAGAAAACAAAUUGCAAUUACAUUAUUUUCCAAAAUCGUUCAGCCCUUGUCCAUAUAAAGUCUAUAUAUUUGAGGGAAUAGAUAAUCUUUUGAAAUGUGGGGAAAAAUUAUAACAAAUGUCAUAUGUCUUUGACUCCAUGUCAUAUUGUUCCUACCUUGUAAUGAAUCAGACAAAAGCUGAAGAAUAUCAAAUAAAGUCAACAUUGCAAACUUU